AUGAGUGCAAGCAAUGAAGAACCUGAAACAAUCUCACUUUAUGAUAUGGUGGAUGAUGAGUCAGAAAUAAACGAAGAUCAAAAUGAUGUAAACUUGUCAUUAAAUGAUUCAAAUCAACCUUUUGCAUGCAAUAGGCAUUUGGAACCAUGUCUCAAUAUGGUAUUUGAUAAGCUUGAGGAUGCGAAAGCAUGUUAUAAUGCAUAUGCAAGGCGAAAGGGGUUUGGCAUACGAGAAGGGUUUCAUCGUAGACGUGAUGAAGACAUAGAAAGAAUAGGUCCAGAGCGUGCAGAAACAAGAGUAGGAUGCAAAGCAAUGAUAGGUUUAAAGAAAAUUGAAGAUACAUGGGUUGUGUGUAAGUUUGUGGAGGAUCAUAAUCAUGAGCUUCUUACUCCUAAGAGUACAAGCAUGCUUCAUGGGCAUAGAGUGAUAACAAAUGCCCAAAGAAAUCUUAUAGAUACACUCAAUGAGACAGGUAUACCUCCAAGCAAGAUAAUGUCUGUGUUAAGUAAAGAAUCUGGUGGUGAUUAUAAUGUUGGAUGUAUUCCGGUUGAUAUUCAAAAUUAUUUGGUUGAAGUUGAUGAAAAUGGGUGCAUGGGUAAUUGCUUUUGGGCAGAUGCUAGGUCAAGAAUUGCAUACCAAUAUUUUGGAGAUGUUGUUACUUUUGAUGCUACAUACCAAACAAAUACUUAUAAGAUGCCUUUUGUUCCUUUCACAGGAGUUAACCACCAUCAUCAAUCGGUGAUGUUUGGAUGUGCUUUGCUUGUGAAUGAAACAACUAAAUCUUAUACAUGGUUGUUGAAGACUUGGCUUAAUGCAAUGCUUGGAAAUCCUCCUUCUACAAUUAUCACAGAUGAUGACAAGGCUAUGGCUAAGGCAAUUGCAAAUGGAGAAUUUCACCAUUGCAUCCAUGAUACACUCACCAUUGAAGAGUUUGAGUUAGGAUGGAGUAAGAUUAUGGAGAACUAUGGAUUAAGGGAUAACGAUUGGCAUAUUCUUGCUGUUUUUGUGAAGAAAUCUCUUGUGCACUUUUUUCCAUCACAUUAUAUUUUAGAGAGAUGGACAAUAAAUGCCAAGAAGCGCAUUGUACAUGAAAUAUCUGGAGAUGUCGUACAGUUUGAGCCACAAAUUUCUUCUACCUUGAUGAGAAAUAGUUUGAUGCUUCAAUUUUUGGAAGUUGCAGAGGCAGCAUCACAGUCAGAGAAGAAAUACAAGCAUCUUGGACAAACUUUACAAAAGGUUCAUGAGGAGCUUCUAGGCAUGCAAGAUGUUUGUGAUGUUGAUGAUUCAGGAAGUCCUGAUAAUACUACAUUAAACAAUCAAGUAUUAUCAAAUCUUCCAAUUGCUUUGGAAGUUGCAAAUACAAGCUUGACACCACACUGGGAGUUAAUGCAUCAACAAAGUCAAACUGAGGAAUCUUCGAUAGCAAGGUUGAACCCAUCAGUCAUAGCAAAUACAUUGCACUCCACAAGUUUUGUACAGGAUUCUUUGCCAGCUGCAACGUAUCCUUCUACAUCAUCAUCAUCUACUAUGCAUAUACAUCCUAACCAGUCAUCAUUUACGGAUCUAUUACAACAAUUCCAAGAAAGCUGA